AUAUGCGGGAAGAGUGAAGAAUGGGAUAUUUUCCAAUUGUCAUCGUUUGCAUUGCUAUUGGAUGUUUGAUUGAAAGCUAACAAUAUCAGUAUAUUGGUGUUGCAUUCGACCGUAUAUCAAAAACAAUAGAAAUGUAUUAAUUCUACGAUGCAUACGAUAUUUCAGAGGAUUGUGAAAGAUAAAUAAAAAAAUAUAGUGAAUAAAAAUAUUGCAGCGAUGACUGUGUUGACGCCAGAAUAAGUUAACCGGGGACCAAUAAAAGUGGAUAGCUUAAAAGAUGUGCAAUUAAUUAUUGUGAAAAUUAUUAAAACGCAGUAAAAGAAAACCAAAAUAUUUCUGUGUCUAGUUGCUGCAUUAUUACAACAAACGACAAUUACAAUAAAAAAUUAAGAUACUAUUACGAUUUAUUCAAAUCACCAAUCGAAUUAUUGGCCACGGCCUAUUAUUCGGUUGGAGCAACGUCCUGCUGAAAAAGGAUCUACAAAAUCAUACCAGCAAAAGUAAAAAGUAACUUUGCUUCAGUUAUUUGUGCAAGGAUAUUCGUUACAAUUCAACACUAACCUCUAUUACAAAAAUAUAGUACUUGGUGGCCUAUAGAUUUAUAAUAAAAAGUUAUAAGUGCAAACGCAGUGGCGUCCAAGAAAUAUAAUCUAUAUUGAGAUAUUCUGCCUAUAUAAAUAAAAACUAAGCAAGAGCAUACGCAUUUACAAAGAACGUUAAGUUGUGCUGAAAAGGAAACGUAUUUGAUGCACAUUUUCAGUUACUAUCCUUAUACUUCAUUGUAUCGGUAGCUACAACUAAAGAAAAGUGCAAACACAAAAAGAUUAUAGCGAAAAAAAGGUUUUAAAACACGCUGGCCUUUAACGUAAAGCGUCAAAACAACGGGGCAACAUAGACUGGUAUACUAAUAUUCGCAAAUAAUGAGUCGCCAUGAAGGAGUCAGUUGUGAUUCUUGUCUCAAAAGCAACUUUAAUGGUCGCCGAUACAAAUGUUUGAUAUGCUAUGAUUAUGAUUUAUGUGCUGAUUGCUAUGAGGAUGGCGUUACAUCCACACGCCAUUUAGUCGAUCAUCCAAUGCAAUGUAUUCUAACGCGUUCCGAUAUAGAAUUGUUCUUCGGUGGCGAGAUGCUCAACUCAGAGCAACCACAAAGUUUCACAUGUCCCUAUUGUAAAAAAAUGGGAUUUAGCGAUGCUACGUUACUGGAGCACGUUUCGGCCGAGCAUACGGAGACCAGCCUCGAGGUAGUGUGUCCAGUAUGUGCCGGUCUACCGGGAGGCGAACCGAAUCUAGUCACAGACGACUUUGCCGGUCAUCUAACGCUGGAACAUCGAACGGGACCACGUGAAUUAAUUUCAUUUCUAGAUGAGCCAUCAGCAAUCCGACAUGGAGGUGGCGUACGUCGCAUUCCUGGACGUACUCUUGGCGGUCCUCGUGCACGUCGUUCCAAUAUGCACUUUAGUUCAUCGAGCGGAUUAUCUGCCCUUUCUCCAUCCGGAAGAGAAUCCGUAGAUCCUAUUGCCGAGCUACUUUCACAAUUAUCGGGCGUAAGAAGAGGUGGACCACAGACGUCUCAACUGCAACAAUUGCAAAUGCAAAUACAAUUGGAACGACAACAAGUGACGGCAACUCGCCAACAGUUGGAACGUUUGCCCCGACGGGCACAUCCGAUGGUCUCUUCAUCGAAUUCAAAUGCAACCAUGCCAGAGGUGAUAAGCAGUGGUCCCAUAUUAAGCGGUAGUGGUUCUGGUGGCAGUGGCGCAAGCGGUUCUGGUAGUCUUAAUGGCGGGGGCGGGAGUUCAUGUCGCACCAAUGAAUGGACUGUUAAUCCAUCACUAGCCGCUCAGCAACAAUCGCAGUCAGGUCUGACAGGCAGCGGCGGUAUCAACAGCAGAGAAACUGGCGGAGGAAGUGGUAGUGUAAAUGGGGGUAGCGGCAGUAAUGCUAGCAAUAUACUCGGCAUGACAAUUGCUGGCGGUGCAGUGGGUGCGGGUGUUAAUAGCGCAAGUAACGGGGCUGACGUUCAAUCACAGUUUUUGCUAACAAAAUUCAUGCAGCCAACAUUGAGUGAUACAGAAUGGGCUGAAAUGGAAAGAGAACGAUCUGAUCGAUCACAAUUUGUACAAGCGCUUGUAUUAUCGACUCUUUCCUAUGAUUCGCUCGAAACCAUUGCAAUUGGUGAUGGCGAGACGGAGCGCGAUAAUCGUGGCGAAUCGCAGGAAACCAACAGUGAUAAUGUAAAUAAUGAGAAAGUCUCAGCAGCGAACACAAAAAGUGAUGCGAAUGCGAGGGAAUCGUUGAUGAACAACAACACCGAUGCCUCUGCACAAACCACAAACACCAGUGGUGGCGGCAGCAGCGGUACUAUGCCUGGUAGCGGUCGGCAACAGGUACAUCAACAGCAACAGACCUCUCCGGAGGACAUUGCUGAUGAGUACAAACAAUUGCAACAACAGCAACAGGCACAGCAGCAAACCUACGCAUCAAAAAAGAAAUCAACGAGUAACACCGGUGUGAGCGGCGGCGCUGGAGGUACUGCGGGUAAGCCAACAGCUGAUAGAGGCAUUGAACGAAGAGGUCGUCCACCACCUCCACCAAUUGGUGGUGGCGCAGCAGCAGCUGGAUCACAGCCCCAACAACAACAUUCUAGGUAGUGCUAUCGUCCUCAUCAGCCAUGACAUGAACAGAGACAGCAAAUACUAAUAAAAUUGCAAAAUAAACACAAACAAAAGAAAUGUCAGAUAGUAAAAAACGAAGCAAAAGUACAUCCACAAUCACAACAACAACAACAGCAGCAACAACAUCAAUUUCACAUUUAGCACAUAAACACUGUAGAUGAUCGGUGUGUCGUCAACAAAUGCAAAAAUACAACGCUAUAAACACAAGUGGGGGCUGUUAAAGCCACAAUAAAAGUGAUUUGAGACCGUUUGCAAAGUGGCUAAAGGCAAAAGGGUAUAAAGGAUAAUGGACACAUAAAGAAGCCGCAGAUGCAACAAGAGCAGAAACAGAGCAAAACAUAAAUAUUGUUUAUUAAAUCUAUUAUAAUUAUUAAAAUUUAUAUAAUUAUAAAAAGCAAACACAAAAACAAAAACAAAAAACAAAGAGAAGGCAACCCAACCAACCAACACACCUAUUGUAAUGAAAUGAACUAAUUAUAAUUUUAAAGAAAUUGAACAUUUAAAAUUAAAGGAAACACUAUUAAAAUAUAAAUAACCAAAUUAUCUGUAGCAUGACCAAUUUGAAUAUACACUACACGUUUAAAUGCAUGUAUGGACAAAGUAUGUUUAUGUAAAAUGAAGGCGCGCUUAAUUGUGUAGGGCAAAAACAAGGUGUGAAAGGAGUUGAGUUCAAAUUGGUUAUUGUGGUACAAUUGUAUGAAAAUGCUUCGAUUUCGAUAUAAUACAUUUUAGUGUGAAUUUUAGGAAGGCUUAUAGCGCGUAGACAGGUUUUCUAUCAAUAAUUCAUUAUUUAUGGCAACCUGCGAUCAUGUACAUACAUACGUUCUAUUACAAUAACAAUAUAAUUACAUAUAUUUAUUUCAAUUAACAGUUAUUAGAUGUUUGUUUUUCACAGAACCUAUUUAAAUAGUUGGUUUGUCAUGCGCAAGAGUUCGAACUUAAAUGCAUACGUGAAAUAUGCCUUCUUUCAAUCACCUAUGUUCUUCUCUUUUCAUGUGAUUUCUCAAUUAUAAAUUAUUAUCUAGUAGGGUUAAUUUUGUUUAUAGCUCCAUAUAAGUGUAAUUGAAGUAUUUUUUAUUGGCAAAAAUAUAUGACAUGGUUUUGAAAAUCGUGUAAAUAUCUAUAUUGUA